AUGGCUGUGAAUAAUGAUGAGAAAGAGCAAACCAAACCCAUCGGACACAAUCAACUCGCUCACAAGAGUCUCCUUCAAAGUGAUGCACUUUAUCAGUAUAUACUUGAAACCAGUGUUUAUCCGAGAGAGCACCCAUGUCUGAAGGAGCUUCGUGAAAUAACAGCAAAACAUCCUCGGAACCAUAUGGCUACACCUGCUGAUGAAGGACAAUUUUUAAGCAUGCUGAUUAAGCUCAUUAAUGCAAAAAACACAUUGGAAAUUGGUGUAUUCACUGGUUAUUAUCUUCUCGCCACUGCUCUUGCUCUUCCCUCGGAUGGAAAGGUAUUGGCUUUGGACGUGAGUCGUGAAUACUAUGAUCUGGGAUUACCCAUAAUUGAAAAAUCUGGAGUUGCUAAUAAGAUUGACUUUAGAGAAGGACAUGCACUCCCUCUUCUUGAUGAACUUCUUCAAAACGAAAAUAACAAGGGGAUAUUUGAUUUUGUUUUUGUGGAUGCUGAUAAAGAUAAUUACUUAAACUAUCACAAGAGAGUACUUGAUCUUGUGAAAAUCGGGGGAUUAAUCGGGUACGACAACACCUUAUGGAGUGGAUCAGUGGUGGCUCCACCUGAUGCACCUAUGAUGGAUUAUAUUAAGCGUUUACGUGGUCAUGUGAUUGAGCUCAAUAAGUAUUUAGCUCAAGAUUCAAGGAUUGAGAUUUGUCAACUUCCUGUAGGUGAUGGAAUUACCCUGUGUCGACGCACCAGCUGA